AUGUCUUCAUCGUUGUCGCCAGACGACUACAAUCUCGAUGCGGGACCCUCGGAUCAGGACACAGGCCCGCUGUCUUCACUGAACCUCGAAUUUCUGAAAAAUAUCACCGACAAGAAGUCGACAACGAAGGCUGGGCAGCCUCCAAAGCGUCGAGGACCCAAGCCCGACAGCAAGCCUGCGCUGACCAGAAGACAAGAGCUGAACCGACAAGCGCAAAGAACACACCGAGAGCGCAAAGAACGAUAUAUCAAGGCCCUCGAAGACGAAGUCCUUCGGCUCAAAGAGGCAUUCACUCAUGCCUCCCAGGAUAAAGACCAGCUGGCUGAGGAAAAUCGCCAGCUCAAGGCGCUCCUAAGCCAAGGGGUGGCUGUGGGUGGUCCCAGUUUGUUGGACGAUUCUUUGAGCAACCCAAGUCUAGGCUACGAGUCCGGUCCCGCCAGCAUCACCGGGAGCUACGCGCCAAUAUCGAGCAAUACAAGCAACUUCACUGCGUCGCCCCUCCCAACCGGCGGAAUGGGACACCAGAGCGGCCCGUCACCAAACAAUGGGGGUAUGAGAGGGUUCGAGAACCAACCGAAUCCGAAUCCGAAUCCGAACCUCGAUUACGAGCAACUUGGGAUCGAUUUUGUGUUAACGCUCGAGAGACCUUGCAUGGAACACCUACCAUGGCUACUUGACCGAACUGUCGAAUCGGGCGGAGUCGAACCCUGCGGACAUGCUCUCAUGGCAUCGUGCCCACCCGAGUCGUUUGCCCAGAUGGCCCCUGAGGUCCCGUUUGGACACAACGACAGUGGAGAAACCAAGACACACAAUCAUGGUGUCACCGAUCGUGGCCGUACUGGAGAGCAGCCGCGUACAUGGGAUUUGGCAAAGCCCGACUUGGCAACGUUGAUGGACCUCAGCCAGAAACUGAAUCUUGAGGGGGAGAUCACACCUGUAAUGGCGUGGGGGAUGGUGAUGACGCACCCGGGUGUUAAUAUGUUGAGGAUGGAAGAUUUUAGAAAGCUGGCUGAUGAGUUGGCUGGGAAGGUUAGGUGUUAUGGGUUUGGUUCUGUGAUGGAGGAGUUCGAGGUUCGAGAUGCGUUGGAGAAUGUUUUCUCGACGAAAUCGGAGCUUGUACUGGGAUAUUGA